GGUCUGAUUGGGUGGCAAGCAGCCACAAUGGAGGUGAUGAACCUGAUUGAACAGCCCAUCAAGGUGACCGAGUGGCAGCGGACCUACACCUACGACUCCGGCAUCCACUCGGGCGCCAACACCUGUGUGCCCUCCGUCUGCAGCAAGGGCGUCAUGGAGGAGGAGGAGGCCUGUGGGCGCCAGUACACACUCAAGACCUACACCCAGGGGGUAUCCCAAAGCCAAGGUGACCUGGACUACCAGAUGUCCACCACGGCCAGAGCCAAGCGGGUGCGAGAAGCAAUGUGCCCCGGCGUGACGGGUGAAGACAGCUCACUGCUGCUGGCCACCCAGGUCGAGGGGCAGACCACCAACCUGCAGCGACUGGCAGAGCCGUCGCAGAUGCUCAAGUCGGCCAUUGUACACCUCAUCAACUACCAGGACGAUGCCGAGCUGGCCACCCGGGCCUUACCUGAGCUCACCAAACUGCUCAAUGACGAGGACCCGGUGGUGGUGACAAAGGCAGCCAUGAUUGUCAACCAGCUGUCAAAGAAGGAGGCGUCGCGACGGGCCCUGAUGGGCUCUCCGCAGCUGGUAGCAGCCGUCGUGCGCACCAUGCAGAACACCAGUGACCUGGACACGGCCCGCUGUACCACCAGUAUCCUGCACAACCUCUCCCACCACCGAGAGGGGCUGCUCGCCAUCUUCAAGUCGGGCGGCAUCCCUGCCCUGGUCCGCAUGCUCAGCUCCCCUGUGGAGUCGGUCCUGUUCUAUGCCAUUACCACCCUGCACAACCUGCUGCUGUAUCAGGAGGGCGCCAAGAUGGCUGUGCGCCUGGCGGACGGGCUACAGAAGAUGGUGCCCCUGCUCAACAAGAACAACCCCAAGUUCCUGGCCAUCACCACUGACUGUCUGCAGCUCCUGGCCUACGGCAACCAGGAGAGUAAGCUGAUCAUCCUAGCCAAUGGAGGACCCCAGGCCCUUGUGCAGAUCAUGCGUAACUACAGUUACGAGAAACUGCUCUGGACCACCAGCCGCGUCCUCAAGGUGCUGUCUGUGUGUCCCAGCAAUAAGCCUGCCAUUGUGGAGGCUGGUGGGAUGCAGGCCCUGGGCAAGCACCUGACCAGCAACAGCCCCCGCCUUGUGCAGAACUGCCUGUGGACCCUGCGCAACCUCUCGGACGUGGCCACCAAGCAGGAGGGCCUGGAGAAUGUGCUGAAGAUCCUGGUGAACCAGCUGAGUGUGGACGACGUCAAUGUCCUCACCUGUGCCACAGGCACGCUCUCCAACCUGACGUGCAACAACAGCAAGAACAAGACGCUGGUGACACAGAACAGCGGCGUGGAGGCCCUCAUCCACGCCAUCCUGCGUGCCGGUGACAAGGACGACAUCACAGAGCCUGCCGUCUGCGCCCUGCGCCACCUCACCAGCCGCCACCCCGAGGCUGAGAUGGCCCAGAACUCUGUGCGCCUCAACUACGGCAUCCCAGCCAUUGUCAAGCUGCUCAACCAGCCCAACCAGUGGCCACUGGUCAAGGCAACCAUCGGUCUGAUCAGGAAUCUGGCUCUGUGCCCAGCCAACCAUGCCCCACUGCAGGAGGCCUCAGUCAUUCCCCGCCUUGUCCAGCUACUGGUCAAGGCCCACCAGGAUGCCCAGCGCCAUGUGGCUGCAGGCACUCAGCAGCCCUACACGGAUGGCGUGAGGAUGGAGGAGAUUGUGGAAGGCUGCACAGGAGCGCUGCAUAUCCUGGCCCGGGAUCCCAUGAACCGCAUGGAGAUCUUCCGACUCAACACCAUCCCCCUGUUUGUGCAGCUCCUGUACUCGUCGGUGGAGAACAUCCAGCGUGUGGCUGCCGGGGUGCUGUGUGAGCUGGCCCAGGACAAGGAGGCGGCCGAUGCCAUCGAUGCCGAGGGGGCCUCGGCGCCGCUCAUGGAGCUGCUGCACUCCCGCAACGAGGGCACUGCCACCUACGCUGCAGCUGUCCUGUUCCGCAUCUCUGAGGACAAGAACCCAGAUUACCGUAAGCGUGUGUCCGUGGAGCUCACCAACUCCCUCUUCAAGCAUGACCCGGCUGCCUGGGAGGCCGCCCAGAGCAUGAUUCCCAUCAACGAACCCUAUGCAGAUGACAUGGAUGCCACCUACCGCCCCAUGUACUCAAGCGACGCACCCCUGGACCCCCUGGAUAUGCACAUGGACAUGGACGGGGACUACCCCAUCGACACCUACAGCGAUGGCCUCCGGCCCCCCUACCCCACUGCGGACCACAUGCUUGCCUAGCGGCCACCCCAGUAUGCACCUCCCUGCCUCGCCGCCCUCUCCUGUCUGCGGGUGGCUGAGGACCCAUUUUCUGUCUCCAGAGCUCCCCCUAGUGGAGGCCCUCCCAUUUCUCUGCUGAAACCCUAGCUCCUCGGGUUGGGGGACAAGUAUGGGGGCCCUUGGCUACCUAGCUCCCUAGCAGGGUGUACCCAGCCUGCCUCAGUCUUCCCCUCCCGAGGGUGGGGCGUCCUGGCCCCCAGCCAUUCUGGGGGUGGUGGUGGGUGGCUGACCAGGGCGCCUGAGCUGGAGGGCCCCCACCCCUUGACCCCCGUGUCUGCCCCAUCCCAGGUGUGCAUCCUCACCUGAGAGACUCCGUGAAGGCGAUGGGGCGAGACAGAAAGUGCCUGAGCGGGGCAGCCAGCCGUGACAUCCUGCCAUGCCCCGCCUCCAGAGGUCCCCCGCAGGUCUCUCCUGGAAUGGUGUUCUGCUCCCGAGUUUUCCGCCCCCUCCUGGCCACUAAAUCUUGAGACACAGCCGCCCACUGCUUUUCUGCCCGCCCAGCCCGGCCUGCCUGCCUCCCUCCAGCUGUCUGGGCUCUGCAGGGCCUGGGUUCCUCCUGGGUCAGAUUUCCUCACUGAGCUUUACUGACCAACUGCCCUGGGGUCUCCAGGACCCAAGUUCAGGGUCCCACCCCCUGAAAUCCAAAGCUUCUCUUCAAGUUCAGGGACUGUCCAGGGGAACUGGGGCGUAGACGUGGAGGGUGAGUCCCCCACUCCAGGAGACUGCCCGCCCUCUCUCCGGGACGCCAAAUAGGCUUCAACCCCUCCCUCACACCCCGUCCUACCACGCAGCCACCCUAGCUGCCCCCACCCCGAGAAGUGCUCUUGGCUGACCCCUCUGGUGUGCGGUGAGGGGCUUUCUCUUCUUCCUGUUUCAGGUCCCCCCACCUCCUGCACUUGGUGUGGGGGCUGGGCAAGGCCCUGGCGGAGAGUUUUAUUAUUAUCGCUUUACGUUUUUGGUUAUUGGUUUUUUGUAUAGACCAAAGCAAUGAGAAUAAAAAUGACACACAGAU